AUGCGUCUCCUCCCACGGACUGAGAACGAAGGUUACUGCAUUCAACGAUUGACAUGUAUAGACAUCUGUAGCGCCUUCACCGAUAACCAUCGUCUCUCAAGCGCGCCCGCGCCCGCGAGGAGAAGAAUUACAAUAAGAUCAAAGGUCCCCCAACUGCCGCGCCAUCUGUCCCCUCGGCCAGACUGCCUUUCUCUCCUCCUCUCUGCCUACCUACCUACUGCCCGACAUUUCGCCUGCGCUGCGGCGGGCGAGAUUGACCCGACGACAAGCAGUGGCCGCAUGCCGCGCCCUUCAUCAGCCCGCCAACCCGUCAGCGCGUCUCGCCCAGCGGCGCAAGCUUCCCCCCAUCCCCCCGACUCGGCGGCGGCAGCUGGUGACUGA